GUGGCAGAGUUCCGAUCCACACUCCAGUCCAGUAGGUGGCGGUAAUGCUGUUUGUCAGCCGCCACAAAACCUCAAAAAGAAGAAGAAUGAGCAUGGCAGGCAGAGUUAUGACAACUGUGUUUUGAAGUUGCAAAUAGUAUUUGUUCCUUGUUUCUAAACAGACCUUCCUAGGACUUUGUCUGUAUCUAAACUAAUAAACGUGUUGUGACCCAGACCAUCAUGCCAUCCGCCUGUGACGCUCUGAUUGAAGACAUUGAAGACAUGGUGUCUUUUAAUGACCCCACUCCUCACGAAAGACAGUCUGCUAGAAAGAGCAUUGUACCAAGAUCCAGGAAGAAAAAAGAGCUUCUGAGCAAUGAGGAAAUCCAAGUUGACAGUUUAAUCCCUGGCACCCAAAAGAUCUGGAUGAAAACAUGGGGCUGCAGUCAUAACAGCUCAGAUGGAGAGUACAUGGCUGGACAGUUAGCUGCCAGUGGAUACAAAAUGACUGAUGACCCAUCAGAAGCAGACCUGUGGUUGCUCAACAGCUGCACUGUAAAGAGCCCUGCAGAGGACCACUUCAGAAACUCAAUCAAAAAAGCCCAGGAACAGCAGAAAAAGGUGGUAGUAGCAGGCUGUGUUCCCCAGGCCCAGCCACGGAUAGACUAUCUCAAAGGACUCAGCAUCAUUGGGGUCCAACAGAUUGAUCGAGUGGUGGAAGUAGUGGACGAGGCUGUUAAAGGCCACUCAGUUCGUUUGUUGGGUCAGAAGAAAGAUGGAGGUCGGAGGCUUGGAGGAGCUCGACUGGACCUGCCCAAGAUCAGGAAGAACCCUCUAAUUGAAAUCAUCUCUAUUAACACUGGGUGUCUGAAUGCGUGCACAUACUGUAAGACCAAGCACGCCAGAGGUGACCUGGCCAGCUAUCCUAUUGAGGAGCUGGUGGAGAGGGCCAGGCAGUCUUUCCAGGAGGGAGUGUGUGAGAUAUGGUUGACCAGUGAAGACACAGGAGCUUAUGGUAGAGACAUAGGGACAGACCUGCCCACAUUGCUAUGGAGACUGGUGGAUGAGAUUCCUGAAGCAGCUAUGCUGAGGCUGGGAAUGACCAACCCACCUUAUAUACUGGAACACCUAGAGGAGAUGGCUAAGAUAUUGAAUCACCCGCGUGUCUAUGCCUUCCUUCAUGUUCCUGUACAGUCGGCCUCAGACAGUGUCCUGAUGGGCAUGAAGAGAGAGUAUUGCAUUGAUGACUUCAAAAGAGUGGCGGACUUCCUCGGAGAGAGGGUCCCAGGUAUAACAAUUGCUACAGAUAUAAUAUGCGGGUUUCCUGGGGAAACGGAGGAAGACUUCAAAGAGACAAUCGAUUUGGUGAAGCACUACAGAUUCCCCAGUCUCUUCAUCAACCAGUUCUACCCCAGACCUGGUACACCUGCUGCCAAGAUGGAGCAAGUGCCAGCACAUGUGAAGAAGCAGAGGACUAAAGAGCUGUCACAACUCUUCCACUCUUACAAUCCCUACGACCAUAAGGUAGGGGAGAGGCAACACGUCUUGGUGACAGAGGAGUCUUUUGAUGCACAGUACUACGUGGCUCACAACAAAUUCUAUGAACAGGUGCUAGUACCUAAGAGGGCUGAGUUCAAAGGGAAGAUGAUUGAGGUGGAUAUCUACGAGGCAGGAAAACACUUCCUGAAAGGCCGACCAGUAGAAGACAGUAAACCCUUCACUCCCUCCAUUGCUGCACCACUUAAGAAAGGAGAGGUGUCUGGCGUGAUGCAGGAACAGGUUGCCAGGGGCAUCCAAGCUGCUUCUGUACCCUCUUCAUCCGUUUUGUUGAUCGGCUCUUACAGUCUGGACAAGGAAGUCCUGAAGAAGCUGGGGAUCGGCCUCAUGCUGGCAGCAGCUAUUUUGGCCUUCACUGUGGAGAAACUGUUUUGAUGGAGCGACUGCAAACGAGAAGGUAGAGAAGAGGGAAAUAAUAGAAGCCCAACAAUGGUUUAGAAGGGACACAAUGACAAAACUGUUUUCUCCUUAGAUCCCAUGUAACAUUAGCCUAAAUAGAAAGACUGAGGAAGUCAGCGACACCUGCUCAGUCCAGGAUUAGUUCAUUGGUUGUCUGAGAUUUAGUGUCUUCUUUCUAGUAGCUAGAUUAUUUUUUUACAUUUUAAUUAAAGGACAUGGUUUAUCACAUGGCAGUUAUUCUACUUUGCUUGCUCCGGACAAAUCAAUGUCUGUUGUCUUCUGUCUGUGAUGUAGGAAUAACCACAGUCAGGCUCUUCACUUUGACUGUACACAGGCCUUUUGGGUACAAACUGUUUUUAGAAUUUAUUUCAAGUAAGAUUCUGUUUCAUUAUGAAGUGCAGGCUGUUUCAGGAAAAUGCAGCAUGUAUGCUUUGCCUGUUUACUGACAACUACAUACACACUCUAUAAUAAAGCACAACUCAAGUAGUUGAUACCUUUGGAAAACACAGUCUGGAGCAUGUUGAUCAGCUGCUGUAUACCAGAACAAAGUCUGAGCUUGAUCAAACUGUUAGUGACUUUGCAACUUGCUUUAAUGCCUUGAAUUGUGCUUAUUGUAUUGUGUUAUUUUAUUCUGUGGAAAGGAGUAACAGUCUGUAUAAUACUCUGAUUAAAGGCAGUCUUCAUUUCAAAGUAUUUAUUUGUGGACAAGAGACAUGGACAGAAUAUUUUCAGAGUGACAGUAUGUCAUGAAGUCUUUGAAGUUGUUUUAAUAUUUUAUUCUUUUGUUCAAGUUGUUGUCCAAAAGGGUUUUGUUUGUUAUUUUUUGUCAUACUAUAGAAUGGAAUUAAUUUGCAAUGUACAUCUUAUCUUACUCAAGUUGCUCUAAUAUAACUGGUAACUAACCAGGUGGACAGUGCUUACUGCUGGGGUUGGUGUCCCAUCAUCUUGUCCUACACACCCAGUGUGAUUUGUUUUAUUUGUGUCUGUAUGCUCCAGUGCCACCGUAAAGGGCUGUUUCAUGUUUUCUCGCGUACCCGUCGCACUGUUGAGCUGAUAUCCACCUGUGAGAUUUCUGCUACUGCCCCACUGUGAUAUCACUUCCAUAUGUGGAGCUAACAGCACUGAAACAGUUUCCCAACAACAUCCCUGUUACUCUGGAUAAUCCACAGAACAGCUUAUCAUCUGUUCUCAAAGGAACUAGAGCUACAGUAGAAAUGUUUCUGUGAGGACUGUGACUCGGGGUCUGUGGAUUACUCAAACCACCACAAAUCGAAUUCAGAUACAAAUACUUGGGUGGUGGCAGAAAUCUUGGAGGAGGAUAUAACCAAAACUGUUAGCAUAGCAAGUCAUCACUAGAAAUAACUGAGAAUUCUGUUUCUUUUUCUCUAAGUCAGGUGAACUAAUCCUGUGAUAUACUAACUGUUGUGCCCAUGUGUGGACUGCUUGUGGUGCUUAUGGUCUUGAAUGACAGAUUAUACGUAGUUCUCUUUUUUUUUUUUUGUUGAUUAGCAUUUGUUCAAAAGUAUUUAAUAAAGGAAAGAAUUGAUUUUUCAUGAGUGAAAUGGCUAAUGUGAUUGACUUUACUGUUUGAUUGACUUAUUAACUAGGGACAUUUUUACCGUUAAAUAAGCUUUAUAGAAUUUUUUUAUAGGAAACUUCCAUGUCUCUGGAACGCUCCCGCAUCAUUCAGUUGUUCCUGUGCAUAGAGCCUGCCUUUGUUUUUCUCUAAUGUCUUUCUGUGCUCUGAAAUCUCAGACAGUGAAUAAUGCAUGCCCCAAUUUAUGUGUCACAUUGCACUGGCACAUGUGUUUCUGUCAGUAUGUCUGCAUUUUUAUCUGUGUGUGUGUGUACGCCCCUCUUAUAUUCCUAGUCAUAAGAAUCAGUUUCAGCUUGUUUGUGAGCUUGUUUCUGUGUCAGGUGUGCAUCUGUACAUGCCUGUGCUGUCUGAUGUAGUGUCUGUAGUUUCCUCCAGUGCUUAAUUUAGCAGAAAGUUAGCAUGUGUGCAUUUGUGUGUGUGUGUGCAUGGAUGGUUGUGGAGUGACAGGACUCAUCACUCUCUCAUUCAGAAAGCCCUGUUAUUAGAUAUACCCCCGUUUGUCGCCUACACACACACACACACACGGUUUGUAUUAUCUAAGUAAAUGAUGCAUGUCACACAUUUCGUUGGCAUAUAGAUACAUGCAUGUGUGCUGGCUUUUUCUUAGCAAGCUGAUGCAAAUCACUCACACACACUUGCUGCAACUUUGUAGCAUUUGGGCAAAGUUCAAGCAAAGUUGCACACAAACACAAGCACUAAAGCUUUAUAUUACCCCAUCAAACGAUGCAUGUCUUACACAUAGACACACAUGCCAGCUUUGUAUUAUGUGAUCAAAUGAUGUGUGUAGCUAUGAAGCUUUUUACAUCCAUCCCACAGUGCCCUGUAUUAUUCUGCACCCAUCCAUACUGUGACAGUUCGUUUGAUGCUGUGUAAGCACAUUUCCUUCCUGUGCAUGUCAGUUACACUGCAUUGUUCUCCAGUGAAAUAUGGAUGCAACAACACCCCUAACAUUUUGGAGAUCAUCACUUACUGUGAAAUAUUGAGAUGGGAGCCGUAGAAGGGAGAUCAUUGU